AUGUUCAUCACCCGUGCGAUUUCCCUCACGAACUUCGUUGUUGCCACGUCGGCAUUGGGCUUUCAGGUGUGCGUACUGUACCCAUGGCACAAACAACUCGACGAUGAUUUUGAGGCAUUAAAAAAGGAACAUCUGCGGGUUCUCGAUAAAGUCAAAGGCACCGCUGAGAACGCCAGCGCUGAAAAACGCCAGGGAAUCCGAGAGAUGCUCGGCAGUCUUAGUAGAUGGAGGUUGUGA